GAAAUAUCCGAGAGUGUAACGGAAACGUCCGAAUCGUCUCCUUGCAGACUCCUGUUAGGAGAUAUAGCUUGGCAACAAGCUACCGAACUUGGUCCUUCACUAAGGACUUCAUUUCUUCCCUUUUCACGUUGAAAUGAACAUACAUCCCCGAAGACAUCCCUCUUAUACACCGCAAGAGCAAGCACCGGGUCAACAGCAGCAAAGAGGACAACAGUCAAAUUACCCAGGACAGGCCGGGGCCACCGCCGCAGCGUUACCAAGAGCAGAAGUUGAGUACCAGCCAAUCCAGCAAACUGGAUUCCCUGUGCAGCAACAAGUCUACUAUCAGCAACAGCAACAACAGCCACCACAACAAACGCAGCAGCAACAGGAACAACCACAAGUUCGUACAGCUAUAGUGUCAGCCACCGGAGCCACCACUCAUGAUCUAAACAAGCCACCCCUAGCUCCUCAGUCAGCCCAACAGAUGGCGGCACAGAACAACCCCUCGGGACAACAGAGUAUGGCGGCACAACCUCAGUACCUUUAUAUGCCAGCCACUAACCAACAGAGUAUACGACAGAACAUGAGACAAUUUAGAUUUCAGUGGAGUGCAUGGCUGGGAAAGCUGUUUGUCAGAGGUUUGAAUUAA